GGGGAGAGGAAGAGUGGUAAGGGGGAGGGGGAGAGAGGGGAAGUUUCCAAACUUGUCUCCAGUGACACGAGACAUUUAUGCUCCGCGAGAUAAAACUGCCACUUAGAGCCCCAGGAGCGCUAAACCUUCCUGGGUUGGCCUGGGGGCUGGAGCAGAGUCAUGGGUUCCGUGGUCCUGCAGCUGUGCACUCUCUCAUGCCUGCUGGUUCACUCGGUUUCUGGCAACCCUAUCAUGAGUCUGGAGCAGUCGCCCCUGGAAGAAGACAUGCCCCUCUUCGAUGAUGUCUUCUCAGAGCAAGAUGGUGUAGACUUCAACACACUGCUACAGAGCAUGAAGAAUGAGUUUCUCAAGACAUUGAACCUGUCUGACAUCCCCACGCAGGACUCGGCCAAGGUUGACCCACCAGAGUACAUGCUGGAGCUCUACAACAAAUUCGCGACAGAUCGCACCUCCAUGCCGUCCGCCAACAUCAUCAGGAGUUUCAAGAACGAAGAUCUGUUUUCCCAACCAGCCAGUUUUAACGGACUCCGAAAAUACCCUCUCCUCUUCAAUGUAUCCAUCCCUCACCAUGAAGACAUCAUCAUGGCUGAGCUCAGGUUGUACACCCUGGUGCAAAGAGACCGCCUGAUAUAUGAAGGAGUGGACCGGAAAAUCACCAUUUUUGAAGUACUUGAGAGCAAAGAGGACCAUGAAGGGGAAAGAAGCAUGCUGGUAUUGGUGUCAGGGGAGAUCUACGGAACCAACAGUGAGUGGGAGACUUUUGAUGUCACUGAUGCCAUCAGGCAUUGGCAAAAGUCAGGCUUGUCCACCCACCAGCUGGAGGUCCACAUUGAGAGCAAACACGAAACAGAGGACACACUUGGCAGGGGACACCUGGAAAUAGACACCAGUGCCCGGAAUAAGCACGAUCCUUUGCUUGUCGUGUUUUCCGAUGACCAAAGCAGUGAGAAGGAGCGGAAAGAGGAACUGGAUGAAAUGAUCGCCCACGAGCAAUUCCCAGAGAUGGACAAUCUGGAUUUGGACGGUUAUUCCAAUGGACCUGGGGAAGAGGCUUUGCUGCAGAUGAGGUCGAAUAUCAUCUAUGACUCCACCGCCCGCAUCAGAAGGAAUGCAAAAGGAAACUACUGCAAGAGGACCCCGCUCUACAUCGACUUCAAGGAGAUUGGCUGGGACUCUUGGAUCAUCGCUCCGCCUGGAUAUGAAGCCUAUGAAUGUCGCGGUGUUUGCAACUACCCCCUGGCAGAGCAUCUCACCCCCACAAAGCAUGCGAUUAUCCAGGCCUUGGUCCACCUCAAGAAUUCCCAGAAGGCUUCCAAAGCCUGCUGUGUGCCCACCAAGCUCGAGCCCAUCUCCAUCCUCUAUUUAGAUAAGGGCGUCGUCACCUACAAGUUUAAAUAUGAGGGCAUGGCUGUCUCUGAAUGUGGCUGUAGAUAGGAGAGGAAUCCUGUGGCUUAUUUAAUAACUGUAAAUGUGUAUAUUUUGUGUUCCUAUUUAAUGAGAUUAUUUAAUAAGGGUGUACAGAUCAUAGAGGCUUGCUGCCUUAGGGAAUUUGACAGGUCGGUUUGUUGUAGGAAAUUCAUGUUUUACUCUACAGUCGAGUCCCUUCCAAUCUGUUUUUCUUUGGACUUACUAUGUCCCGGCAAUGCCAUCUCUAACAGCAAGGGGCAAGCCCACACUACUUGCCUUCUAUGUUGAUUCGAAAGGAACACCGCUAAGCAGAAAUACAGUGUCGAGAGAGGUAGAUAUUUGUGUAUGUAUAUGUGUACAUAGAUAAGCUUAUCAACCUUUUUGGGGCUAUAGAGGCAGAUUCUACUCACAUGCACCAUCAAAUGUGUAUAUAUUAAAAACCAGUGGGAAGGUCUCGAUGACCUCUUCUCUGAGUAAGAUUUACAUCAAGAUAAUUUGCACCAGGAAUUUAACCAUCCUAGGAGCUAUUACAUCUCUUCAAUACUCUUGGAAAUCUAGAUGCAGCUUUGGCGAGUUGAAUUUCCGUCAUUACUCAGAGCAGCAAGGCCUGGUAAAGAGGCUGUACAUUUGAGGGGAGGGGAUGUUUGAUACAGAAGCUAAAGGGCUUCAAGGGGCAGUGGCCUUAAGGGACAAUAGCAAGGAAGGAGCCCAUGGGAGACUAGUGUGC